AUUUGAAGACACAAGAACGGACUGAAGGUUGUCACGUGAUAAAAUACCCAAUAUCCCAAGUCGACACGCAAGAUGACAACAGUGCCCUCUAGUGGCUGGAUGUGGAAUGAUGACAGCAACACUUUGGAGUUUAAAGGCCCUGCUGCAGAAAAGGAUGAGGUUUUGGAGAAAGGAAAACCGACUCGUGACCACAUGAAGGAUCUUCAGAAAAGAUCAGAAUGGUUGGCUGAUGUCUGCAUUUUGACCACCAGAGGACGCCAAAGCUCAAGGAAGAGCCUGAGUACAGCCCGUUUGAAUGCAUACAGGGCCUCUGUGCUGCAAAAGCAAAGCGAUCACGUCACUAUUGAUGACGUCAAACAGGUGGCUGUGGCUUUGCUCCAGGAAAACUAUUCACUGCCAAUCCCGCUGUGCUUCAUGGCGUUACUGAAGAGAAAAGAGCUGGAUGAUGUCCUGACUGCGCUUCUUCUUUACGUGUCUUAUUAUAUUGAGCACGGGAAAGCAGCUCAGCCUUCGUUGUUUUUGGAGACAAACACCGAUCAUCAGAAGGUGGCAGAGAUCCAGGCUAAAAAGGAGAUUGCCCAGAAGAUACUGGCUGUCCAUUACUUCAGUCUGACCAUGGACCUGGUUGUGGCUCAAGGCAUGCAGCAUUCGCACGCAGCAUUUCAGAAGGGCCAGAUGGGAGUGAGCAAAAAUGAAUGGCUUCUGCAUGCGUGCCUAUACAGCUUCUUCUGCUGUGUGGCCUGGGUGGCGUUUGGCCGGAAGUACAUGAGCAACAUUCAGGAGGAGGUGGGACGACUUUUGUACUCGGACGCCUUCAACACGGCCGUGAGGAACACAACCGAGGAAACGAGCUCAUUUGCCUACAAUGGUUCCACGGUGAUGGACGACUCUCAGGGCAAACGAAGGAGCACACACGGCCGACGCAUGUUCCAGAGGCAUCCAGCACUGAGCAAGAUAGCUAAUCAGCGCUCCCCACUGAUGGUGUGUCUGCUGCCCACACCGAAAGAACAGUCACCCCAUCUGUUCUCUGGCAGCAGGGCCAGAGGGUUGAGUCCAGCGCAGACCGAACACUUUGACAACAAGGUCCUAACGGAGGAAGUCAACCAGCAGCUGGCCAGUGUCAAAUUUGGCAUUCUGGGCAAGCCUCUGAAGGAGUUCAACCCCAGCACCCUGCUAAGCAAGGAAGAAGAAGAGGGAAACAACAGAUUUGUAUGAUAAACCAGAGAAUCACAGGGUAACAAAAACAAUAACACUGUCAUCUUUUUUAAUGUAGCAUGAUUCUUUUAAUAAGUCUUAUUUGACAGGUGUUAGCAUAUAUACAUGCAUUUACUUCAAUAGGAUUAGUUAUACUGCAUGGACAUACAACAGAAUUUGUAUGUACAGUCGUGGUCAAAAGUUGACAUACACUUGUAAAGAACAUAAUGUCAUGGCUGUCUUGAGUUUCCAAUCAUUUCUACAACUCUUAUUUUUUUUGUGAUAGAGUGAUUGGAGCACAUACUUGUUGGUCACAAAAAAACAUUCAUGAAGUUUGGUUCUUUUAUGAAUUUAUUAUGGGUCUACUGAAAAUGUGACCAAAUCUGCUGGGUCAAAAGUAUACAUACAGCAAUGUUAAUAUUUGGUUACAUGUCCCUUGGCAAGUUUCACUGCAAUAAGACACUUUUGGUAGCCACCCACAAGCUUCUGGCAAGCUUCUGGUUGAAUUUUUGACCACUCCUCUUGACUAAAUUGGUGCAGUUCAGCUAAAUGUGUCGGUUUACUGACAUGGACUUGUUUCUUCAGCAUUGUCCACACGUUUAAAAGUCAGGACUUUGGGAAGGCCAUUCUAAAACCUUAAUUUUAGCCUGAUUUAGCCAUUCCUCUACCACUUUUGAUGUGUGUUUGGGGUCAUUGUACUGUUGGAACACCCAACUGCGUCCAGACCCAACCUCCGGGCUGAUGAUUUUAGGUUGUCCUGAAGAAUUUGGAGGUAAUCUUCCUUUUUCACUGUCCCAUUUACUCUGUAAAGCACCAGUCUCAUUGGCAGCAAAACAGGCCCAGAGCAUAAUACUACCACCACCAUGCUUGGCGGUAGGCAUGGUGUUCCUGGGAUUAAAGGCCUCACUUUUUCACCUCCAAGCAUAUUGCGGGGUACUCUGGCCAAACAGCUCAAUUUUUGUUUCAUUUGACAUCACAUGGACAAAGAUAAGACCUUCAGGAGGAAAGUUCUGUGGUUAUGUUCUUUACAAGUGUAUGUAAACUUUCGACCGCGACUGUAUGUAUUUGUAUGUAGUUCUGCUUUGAACCUGAAGUGUGCCAUUUAUUGCAAGAGGUUUACCCAAAUGCAGUACAAUCCAGAACAACAAAGACUAUGUGUUA